ACUACAACUCCCACGGGGCAGUGGGCCGCGGGAGCCCGCGCCGACCGACUGGCCCGGCAGCUGCUCGCAGUGGGGCCGCCGGAAGAUGGCAGAGGUGCCCGUGGGCAAGGAUAAGUGCGGAGAGCGGCUGGUCUCGCUGCCGCUGUCCCGCAUCCGAGUCAUCAUGAAGAGCUCCCCCGAGGUGUCCAGCAUCAACCAGGAGGCGCUGGUGCUCACGGCCAAGGCCACGGAGCUCUUCGUGCAGUACCUGGCCGCCUGCUCCUACAGCCAGGGCGGCGGGCCCGAGCGGCGGGCGCUGACCUACAGCGACCUGGCGAGCACCGCGGAGCGCUCGGACGCGCUGCAGUUCCUCGCAGACAUAUUACCGCGGAAGAUCUUGGCGAGCAAGUACCUGAGGAUGCUGGCGGAGCGGCGGGGCGAGGAGGCGGAGGAGGGCGGCGGCGGCGACGAGGCGGCGCCCUGAGCUGCCGGGAGCUCGGGGCCCGGAGCCUAGAACCCAGAACCCGGAGCCCUGAGCCCGGGGCCCGGAGCCCGGAGCCCUGAGCCCUGAGCCCGGGGCCCGGAGCCCGGAACCCUGAGCCCGGGGCACUGAGCUGCCCCAAGCCCUGAGCCCGGGGCCCAGUUCCCGGCUCGCCCUGCGCGUUCCCGCGCUGCCAGGUGCAGGCUCAGCGCCGGUCCGUUUUGCUUGGCUGUUUGUCCAGAUGCUAUUUUUUUAUUGUAAAGCACCGUGUUUGCGUUUUCUAUUAAAGACCGGUCCGUAUUUUCACAGUGAAGUGUGUCUGGAAUACUGUUGGAGCCGGUCUCUCUGAGCUGUGCUUAGCCCCCGAGGAUCCGGCAGUGUAGACGGGCGCCCCGGGACUCCGUGGAUCCACAGGUGGGAGCGCUCGCUUGCUCCCUCCCAGAGAAGCUUAAAAGACAAAAACAUUCUAAGUUCUUCAGAAAAAUAUCUGUUCAUCUGCGAGGUAGAGUCACGGACAGGGAGGCGGAGCUCCCAUCUGCGGGUCACUCCCUGAACGGCCGACGCGAAGCCAGGAGCUUCUGCGGGGUC